AGCCUGGCUGGGGCAUGGCCACGAGGCCCUUGCACUCUGCCCUGUGUCCCAGAGGAUGAACUGCCCAGGCUCCCCAGGGAAUGGGCACAGCCCCGAGGCUGGAGAGCUCCAGGAGGGUUUGGACACCACUCCAGGGAUGCACAGGGUGGAUGGUUUGGGUUGUCCCCAAUGUCCCUCCAUCCCUCCCCGGGAUAUUCCCCGAUGUCUGGGGCUAUCUCCGAUGUCCCUCCAUCCCUCCCCGGGAUAUUCCCCGAUGGUUGAUGCUAUCCCCGAUGUCCCUCCAUCCCUCCCCGGGAUAUUCCCCGAUGUCUGGCGUUAUUCCCGAUGUCCCUCCCUCCCUCCCCGGGAUAUUCCCCGCCGUGCCCGCGGGCAGCGGUCGGGCCGCAGUCUCGAACCCGCGGCCCCCGCGGAGCAGCGGCGUGGGUGACGUCACGGCGCCAUGGCGGCGCUGGCCCUGCUCGCUGUGGCGGCCGCGCUGGGCCCGGGCCUGGCCGAGCCCCGGUACCGCCCGGACUGGGCCAGCCUGGACGCGCGGCCGCUGCCGGCCUGGUUCGACCGGGCCAAGGUGGGGGUGUUCGUGCACUGGGGGGUGUUCUCCGUGCCGGCCUGGGGCUCCGAGUGGUUCUGGUGGCACUGGCAGGGCCAGCACGAUGCCGCCUACGAGCGCUUCGUGCGCCGCCGCUUCCCGCCCGGCACCACCUACGCGGAGUUCGCGCCCCGUUUCACCGCCCACGACUUCCAGCCCCGGCAGUGGGCACGGCUCUUCCAGCGGGCCGGGGCCAGAUACGUGGUCCUGACCACCAAGCACCACGAGGGCUUCACCAACUGGGGGUCACCAGUGUCCUGGAACUGGAAUUCUGUGGAUACAGGGCCCCACCGGGACCUGGUGGGAGAGCUGGGAGAAGCCCUCAGGGAGAGCAACCUCCGUUAUGGGCUGUAUCACUCCCUGAUGGAGUGGUUUAACCCUCUCUACCUUGCUGACAAACAAAAGGACUUCAAGACCCAGAGCUUUGUUUUAAAGAAGACCAUGCCAGAACUUUAUGACCUUGUCUUAAAAUACAAACCAGACCUGAUCUGGUCGGAUGGGGACUGGGAAGCUCCAGAUUCCUACUGGAAUUCCACCUCUUUCCUUGCCUGGCUCUACAACGACAGCCCCGUCAAGGACACCGUGGUUGUCAACGAUCGCUGGGGUCGGGGCUGCUCCUGCCGCCACGGGGGUUUCUACAACUGUGCUGACAAGUACAGGCCAGGCACCCUGCCAGAGCACAAGUGGGAGAUGUGCUCCUCCCUGGACAGGCUCUCCUGGGGCUACCGCAGCAACAUGAGCCUGGCUGAGGUGAUGGAUGAAAUGAGUAUGAUUGAGGAGAUGGUGCAGACUGUGAGUCUGGGUGGCAACUACCUCCUCAACGUGGGACCUACAAAAGAAGGGGUGAUUGUGCCCAUCUUCCAAGAAAGACUCCUGGCCCUUGGGAGGUGGCUGGACACCAAUGGGGAGGCGAUUUAUGAAUCCCAGCCUUGGAGGGUGCAGAUGGAGAACACCACAGACACAGUCUGGUACACCUCCAAGGGACCAGUGGUCUUUGCCAUCUUCCUGCUCUGGCCUCUGGACAGUGUCCUGCAUCUCUCCUCGCCCAUUCCAUCCCCAGGCACACAGGUGACACUGCUGGGGUUUGGUGGCACUCUGGAGUGGCAGAACCAGCCAGGGAAAGGGAUGCUCAUAACCCUGCCCUACAUGCUGCCAUCUCCUCUCCCCCCUCAGUCUGGCUGGGUGGUGAAGCUCGAGGGUGUGAAGUGAUGCCUGUGGGGGGACACAGCAUCUCCCACUGCCUUUCUUUUUGAUUGAACCCAAGAGGAAUUUUAUGUUUCAUGUUGAAUACAUUAUUUUUCACUUGAGAGAAUCUCUCCUCCAGUCUCUGUUGCCCAAUUGUGUUACUUCAGUGUUGGUUGGAACAGUUGUGAUCAGCUGCUUCCAUGAUGAAUAAAUCCAAUGGAAGCUUGCUGGAAGAGAUCUGGAAGAAAUCAUCUGUUAAAAAAUGAUGCAAAUCCACGAACAAACUUUUAUUGAUAUUCUGCUAGAGACAGCUACAACAAAAGGUUUUGUUCUCAGUGAAUUUAAGAAACUCCACCGUUGUGAACUGCACUUGUGACUUCUGCUGGCACCCCUGAACUUGUGAACUUGGAGUCCCGGUGAGAGCAGUUUGAACGUCUCAGAAAGGGUCGAGCAAGGUUUGAACGUCUCAGAAAGGGCCGAGCAAGGUGUGAACGCCUCAGAAAGGGCCGAGCAAGGUGUGAACGCCUCAGAAAGGGCCGAGCAAGGUUUGAACGUCUCAGAAAGGGCCGAGCAGCGUGAGUGUGGCCGAUGAGGCUGCUCCAGACAGCGCAGGUUGUUGUGAAGGCACCACAGCGCUGCAGGCAGGCUGUGUUUUGUUCCUGCCCCAGCCGGGACACCGGGAGCCGAGCUCCAGCAGAGCCCCGGGGCAGGGCCACGUGCGGAGCCGCUGCCGUGGCGCUCGAGUGACAAACAUGCACCGGCCCCGGCUCCGGAGAACCGGCCGCUCCGCUGGUGACGCCGUUACAGACAAAAAAAUGGGACAAACGGGGACAACAGAGC